CCUUUGAAGAUCUUCACCUGCGCUUCUGGCAUGAUGACGUCACUCCGGACGCUGCUCCUGGCUGCCCUGCUUCUGGGGACUUUGCUGCAGCAUGCCAGUGCUGCUCGAGCCACCAAUGUAGGCCGAGAGUGCUGCCUGAAUUACUUCAAGGGGGCCAUCCCCAUCAGGAGAGUGGUGACGUGGUACAGGACCUCAGUUGAGUGUCGAAGAGAUGCCAUUGUGUUUGUGACUGUCCAGGGCAAGAACAUCUGUUCAGACCCCAAAGACAAACAUGUGAAGAAGGCCCUCAGAUACCUCGGAAGCCUAGAGCCAUAG